GCCCACGUCAAAAAAUGACCUUGUCAUGUCUGAUAUUUAAAGCAAUAUAUUUCGAUAAUAAUGAUAGAUUGGCAUAAAAUCAUUUGUGUAAUAGAUACAGAGAAUCUUUAAAAAUGCCUAAGAAAGGUAAAGGCAAGGAGCCCGCCCCUGCUAAAGCCGCUGCUCCCGGCCCUCCACCCAAGCCUAAAAAGAUUCCUCCACCACCAGCAUGCUUUGGUCCUGAAGACUUAGCGAAAUUCAAAGAAUUAUUUAAAGCGUGUGACGAAGAAAAUAUUGAUAAGGUUAAAAUAGAACAAAUACCAUUCAUGUUACGAAAGCUAGGAUUCAAUCCAAAAAGCCAGGAAAUAAAAGAACUCUACAGAUUAUUUUUGGAAGAUGAUUUAGUUGAUACGGUAGAAUAUCAUGAAUUCUUAUUUAUGAUUGAGGCUAAAAUGAACUGGGGUGACGAUUUCGAGUUGGCAGUGACGAAAGCAAUGGCAGCACUUGCACAUGACGAUGAGCACGAGAUAGGUAUUGCUGAUUUUGAAAUAUUAAGAGAAGAGCUAACAGUCUGGGGUGAGCCUAUAACAGAAAUUGAAUUUGUCGACUGGAUAAAACUAUCAGUGAAAGACAAAACAUAUAAUAUGGAAGAUGGAACGUUUAAUUACGUUAAGUUUAUAGAGAAUAUGAACGCCAAGGAUGUAAAGUAUAUUAAGGAGCCGAUAAACUUCUACAAGCUGGACCAGAAGACUUUAGCCGCGAUGGCGAUAAAGAGAGCCCAAGAAGAGAAAGAAGAACAGGAAAAGAAAGAUGCUCUCAACAAGGCCAAGGAAGAAGCGAAGAGACAGAAGAUGAUUGCUGAUGGUUUAAUUCCUCCAGAUUAGAUACACGAAUCUUCGGUCAUCAUUAAUGAGUGAUCAAAGUAGAUAUUGAACAAGUAUAAUUGUCGCAAAAAAUUAUUGUUUAUUUUAUGAAAAUUACACGAGCUAGUAAAUAUGCCUCAUAAUUCCAAAAAGAGUGUUUUUUGUAUACUGCUGUUUUUUUUAUGUAAUAGGAGGCAAUCGGGCAGGAGGCUCACCUGAUGUUAAGUGAUACCAUUGGACAUUGUCAGAAGGCUCGCAAGUGCGUUACCGAAAACCGCCGGUGGUUUUUCUAUAUUUUCUAGUAGUCUUUCUUUUCUUGGAAGCGCACUCUAGUUUUUGUUGUAAAUGAGCCUGUCACGUAAGUUUUUGAGCCGUGAAUAUUGAGGAAUUAACGAAGGUAUACAUUAACAAGUGCUUUAUCAACACAAUCUUAGAAAUGUUUUCUUCCAUUACAGUACUAGAAAACAACGAUUAACUCAUGGUAAUGACGUACAUACAUACAUAUUCAACAAUCCUGCAUAAUUUUUAUAGAUGCGAAAUGGGUCGAGAAUAAGAGAUGUUACUUGCAUAUAUUAACGGUGGUAGAAAAAGUUUUCUUUUAUAUCAUGUAUGUAUUUAUUUCGUAAUCCCACAGCUAACAUAAAUUAUAUAUAAUAUAUAUGUAUAUUUUCAUUUACAAAAGGAAAAAAACACUAAAAAAUAUUCAAUAUAUUUAACUAUCAUAUUCGCAAUUCCAGUUGGCUGUAAUCUGGAUAUCCUGUACCCGAUUCCAGUGAUAUUUUUUUAGGCACGGAAGGAUAAUAUUUUUUU